GACUUCCAGUGGAACCGGCCAACCGAAGAUGCAUCACAGGUCGGCGAUUGCUGCGACAGAAUCAGGAUUGUCGACCUUCUGUAUCUUUCAACGUUUGCCAGCCGCCAAGUCGGCGGGCAGGACGAAGAGCGAAAGAUAGAGCGAAGUGCAUCUCACGUCAUCCAAAGUGGACUGGCUCAGAUGGCCAACGAUAAUGGGCACCCCGAGAAACACGAAUCAACAUGGCCAGAGCAAAGAUGUAUAGCCAAUCAUCCCGAGUUGGAUGUUGGCCAGCGUGAGAAGUCUUGA